AUGUUUUCUCAGAGGAGUAAAAGGACGAAAUCGAGUCAUGAUAGCUCAAAAACUGGUCCAAAAAGUCAUAUUUCAAGCUCUGACGCACCAACGAUGCGCCAGAAGACAGUCACGAGCUUUUUUGCAAAGAAAACACGUCGGUUGGUUGGUACAUCGAGUUUAGCCGCCGAGCCGCACAAAUCGGUUUUAAUGGGAAGGAAGCCGCUUUUCGAGUCCCAAGGAUCUUUUGAUGAGGAGAACAGGGACGAAGAAUUGAAGCACAUGCUUAACGAGAAACCUCUCAAUAACUUCAAGUCGCUAUCGCGAUCACCGUCGUCUCUAUCGACAAGUUCAGGUCAGGUUACGGCAACUCAAGCAUCUUUGACUAGUUUUGGUUCCUCUCAGCAUUUCGUAAAAUACUCGCCAUUUUCGAGCUCGUUUACGGAAGGACUCGAUGGCGGAAUGGUUUCUUCCACACAAAGAGCUCCUGAGAAGAGGCCGCCUCCUUCACACUUUUCGUUUUCUCUUAACAAAAAGAUCAAGUCGAGCCGAGCUGGUCCUUCGACUUCUCAAUCCUUGACCAAAGCCAGCGGUAGCAAUCCGCAGCUGGAUCUGACAAAAGAACAACGCCAGGUUAUAGACCUCAUUGUUUCUCAGCGGAAGAAUGUUUUCUACACGGGGUCCGCGGGUACUGGUAAAUCAAUAGUUCUUAGAGAGCUAGUGAGGCAACUCCGAGCACGCUAUGGUGAUGCCGCAGUAGCUGUCACAGCUUCAACUGGUCUGGCGGCAGUCAACAUUGGAGGGAUGACCGUUAACAGAUUUUCGGGGAUCAACAUUGGUAUAGGCAGCGUCCAAAAGCUAGCGGCACAGGUUAAGCGGAACAAGACAAAUAGCGAAAGGUGGAAGCGAACUAGUGUUCUCAUCAUUGAUGAGGUUUCCAUGAUUGAUGGAAGGUUUCUGGACAAAAUGGACUUCGUAGCCAGAGACGUUCGCAGAGUUCAUGAUAAGCCUUUUGGUGGUAUACAGCUUGUGAUGACAGGAGAUUUUUUUCAGCUGCCACCGGUAGCUGAUAGGGACCGUAGCGUACCUAAACCACCGUUUUGCUUUGAAAGCAAAGUUUGGCGCCAGGCGAUUGAUAAAACAAUCUGCCUAACGCAGGUUUUCAGACAAAAAGAUCAGGAGCUUGUUGAUUUGCUGAACAGCAUAAGAUUUGGUGUGAUAAACACGAAGGUUGCACAACAAAUUAGAAGCUUCGAAAGAGAAGUUAACUACUCGGAUGGUAUUAUGCCCACUGAACUGUACCCCACUCGUCGUGAGGUUGAAAUGUCAAACAAGCGAAUGCUCGACCGAUUGCCGGGAGAUGUUAAAGUCUUUCACGCGCAGGAUCAAGCAACGAGCGACAAUCCAUACUUAUUGAAAAUCCUGGACUCACUGAUGGUAGAGAAAAAUAUAGCGUUAAAAGAAGACGCGCAGGUUAUGAUGAUCAAGAACAUGGACGAAACACUCGUGAAUGGGUCGGUGGGAAAACUUCUUUUUUUCACGACCGAGCUUCUCCACCAAAAGAUGUUAGAGCUCUUCCCUGCAACUAAACUGAGCGACCCUGAUCUUGUUUUAGACAUGAGGCUAGUAAGCCGCUGCAUUGGAGUGGCUUCUCAGAAUUACCCACCAGAUAUAAAAGCGGCCAUAAAUCAAAGGCCCUUGCACAGAACGGAACAGCUAAGUCUUCUACUCAAAGUUGCAGAGCGCGAAGACAAGGGCUUGGCAUUUCCUUUUAUUCGUUUUACUACGCCGUCUAAUGGCUUCAGAUAUGAACUUAUUCUUCCGGCUGAAUUUACGAUAGAUGUUCCAGCACAAAAGACAAGUGUCAGCAGGACUCAAUUGCCCCUUAUAUUGUGCUGGGCUCUUUCCAUACACAAAGCGCAAGGUCAAACGAUAGAUAGAUUAAAGGUUGACCUCAAAAAAGUCUUUGAAGAAGGACAGGUUUACGUGGCCCUUUCUAGGGCUGUCUCCAAAGAGAGACUUCAAAUUGUUAACUUCGACCCUCGAGUAAUAAAGGCAAACGAAAAGGUUAAGAGCUUUUACCAAACGUUGGAAGUUCUCUGA